UGGAUCAUCAAACACCAAACUUCUGACAGGGUAAACAUUGUUAUGUGAUUCACAAAUUUUAACAGAUCUAACCAGACAUUAACUUAUAACAGCGAACUUCUAUUAUUAUGUUUUGACAUAAUCUGCUUUGAUAGAUGUGACUAUCAAAAUGUGUUGUUCGUUGUCUGCGGACGAACUGACAUUGUAAACAAUGUGAGUGGUUAUACGUGACUACAAAUUUACUGUGGUUCCUAUACAUACAAUAUAUUCUACAAAAUAUUUAGCCAAACGUACAAAAACCACUAACAUCAACCACAGGAGUUAGAGAAAAGCAUAUUUCAGUGGACACUCAGGACUUUGUGAAUACUCCAGUUUUUUUAUUCGUGUAAUGGAAACAUUUUUUUCUUUGUGAUUGUUUUGACAGUAUGGAACAAACUGCUUCAUUGUGAAAUCAACUUCCUAUAGUAAAAGAAUAUCAACGGUUUUGCAUCAUUUUAUCAUUAUGGCUACAUCCAAAUACAAAGCUCAGAUUCCUUUCCGUACCAAAGGUCAAACCACCUGUACACACCACAGGCGGAGACAACUAGACCAUUACUGUGAAGAAUGUCAAGUUCCUGUUUGCAUCAAGUGUGUAUCUACUGUACAUAAGAGUCACCCUUUGUGUGACCUUAGUGAAAUUACUCCUCAAACUAAACAAGACAUUCAAAGCUUCAUAGACAAAACUGAGAAAGUGGACCUUGUACAAAUCGACCAGUACAUCACUUCUACUGAUGAACAACUAAAGGACAAUGCUAGCAUAUUUGACAAACUUUCCAAACAGGUAAAGAUACAAACAAACAAAUUAAUAGAAGAUCUGGACCUGCUAGCAGCUCAGACUCUGUCUCUCUAUAAACAAAUGGAGGAGGAUAACACCAAGCUACUACAAACGUACAAACAGGACCUGGAAAUGUACAACACUCAGCUAAAACAACAGGUAAAAGAAUGUAAAAUUACCCUUCAGCGCGGCUCUGACAUACAUAUCUACGACACAGGACAUGAUAUUCAAUCUACUGUCACUCUCCCUGUAGAACCUACCACGGGUACUGCUAGCUUCACUCCAAACCAAAAUCCUCAGGGUUCCCUUGAACAAGCUAUGGGAGAAGUUAACACAUUAGGUCAAGGUCAAAGUCAGGCCUUAAAAGGUCAAGAUCGGUUAGUUGGAUCGUCUGCUGAACAAAGACCAUAUCCUACACAACAGAGGUCAGAAUCAAAAGGAAGGAAACACUCUACAAAACAAAGAUCAAAAAGAAGAUCAAAAGGAACACAGCAAGUAUCCAGUCCAUUAUAUGCCUUGUUUUAUGAGGCCGUGAUAUUGGAGGAGUGGGAGUCCCAAUGCUACAUUACUUCUGUAUGUCCAACCACUGAUGGCCAGGUGUGGACCAGUUUCCGUAACAGUGACAUCUUAACGCUUCUGGACAGGAAUGGCACAGUUGUACAGGUGGUUCAACACAAUACCAGGAUCACAGACAUAAGCCUAUCACCCACAGCCAACGCGUUAUGGGUCUGUGACAAGGGAAACAACAUCACAGAGCUUGUGGCAGGACGACUUGUGCAAAGAUUCAGCACAAAGGAGGAACCAGAGUGUCUCUGUAUCACAGCUAGUAACCAUGUCAUUGUGGGGAUGUCCGAACACAUCUCAAAAUUUACCACAAAAGGUAAAUUGGUACGUACUUCUUUGACAGCGGGGACUGGGAAGCCAUUAGUGUGUACACCAUACAGGAUCUCAGAGUGCCCGGUCACUCACAAUGUCACAGUUGCCGACUGGGAUAAUAGACAUGAUGGUGGUGAAGGGAAACCACAUGUUGUUAUCAUGGACAUAGAUUUCAAGAAACUAUAUGUAUAUGGUGGUGAAGUCCAACAUACACAUCAAUCAGCAUCACAGUCAGAAGGUGGACCGUUAAACCCCUUUGGUGUUGUGUAUGACAGUGUGGGUAACCUAGUCAUAGCGGACAACAACAGUAUCCUAAUCACCAGUUAUCGUGGUGAGUUACUCAGGAUCAUACACACACAUGACAGUUUCUGCACACAGGCUGUUGGUGUAGACAAGGAGGAUGUCCUGUGGGCAGCGUCUGAAGAUGAAGGUGUCAAACUACUACAGUACAUCAGUGUGUGACAUCUGGAAAAAAUACCAUGCGUUUAUCUAGUAACUAUGACAACUAACAUUAAUAGGAUAAUAGAAGUUGUCACUUGAAAAAUCACUUGAAGAAUCACUUGAUAAACCUUAACACCAGAUAAAAACUACGGACCUGAGAAGUGUACGAACACAACAGACAAUAUAUAUAGCAAUUAUUGGAAAUAAAUCUAUUGGUAGAUCCGUAUCUGUAAUGAUACAGCUUCUGACGUUACUUUCGGCCUGCUAGGCAACUCGUCGUUAGAGCUAUUUGUUGACUGCUUCAUGGUGAUGAAAGUUAUGUGACUUUAAUCAAAUUUAAUACCUAUGACGUCAUAUAUAAUUAGCCUUAGAUAUGAAGCAAAAAUUAAGCAAGAUUUUUAUUUUUAUCUGAUGUAACUACCUGUUGCUUAAUAGGAAUAUUUUACCAAAAUUUCUUAAAUAUCCGUUUGGACAAUACUUGCCCUCUUGACCUUUUGUUUUCACUGAAAUUAAUUCCUCUUUUGUAGAUGUUUUGCUACAGACAUUCCUAUCUCCAUUGAAUAAAAAUGCAGAACAAAUAUCUAAUUCAUUGUAUUAACAAAUGAUAGCUUACUCCUUUAAAU